AUGCGAUCCCCGCUCUUCUCCUCCUUCCUGUGCCUCUCCGCAGGCACGGCAACUCUCGCCCGCCAUGCCGACCAUCCACGCGCCGCCGCCGCUGCCGACUUCCUUGACCCCUCCGCCGCCCUCCCGCAAGCCCAUUCGGCCCGCGGUCUGCCCGCCGCGGACGGCAAGAAGGGCGUCCUCCUGAUGAACCGCAUCGGCCCGUCCACCUCGGAGCUCUACGUCGCCAACGCCGACGGCACCGGCGAGCGCAGGCUCCUCGGCGACGGCGGCGCCUCGCGCUUCGACUACCACGCCUCCUUCUCCCCGGACGGCCGCUGGGUCACCUUCACCUCGGAGCGCAACGGCGACGGGAACUCCGACCUCUACCGCUGCCGCUUCUCCGCCGCCGGGAACGCAACCGUCGCCUGCGCCGGCCUAGAGGAGCUCGUCGCCACGCCCUCCGUCGAGGACGCCGGCGCCCUAUCCCCCGACGGCUCGACCCUCGCCUUCGUGUCGACGGAGAACGGCUACCGGGCCAACGUGUGGGUUCUGGACCUCGCGACCGGCGAGCGCCGCAACCUCACCGGCACCGCCGACGUCGCCGGCGACCCCUCCAAGCCGGAUGGUCACUUCCGGCCCAGCUGGUCGCCGGACGGCGGUUGGAUCGCCUUCGCGUCGGACCGUAAUACCGAAUGGCGCGGCCACGGCAACGGCACGGGCUGGGAACACACCCAGGAGCUCUCCGUGUACGCCAUCCGCCCGGACGGCACGGGUUUCCGCCGGGUCGCGACCAGGGCCGGCUACUGCCUCGGCUCGCCCAAGUGGUCGCCGGACGGGAAGCGCAUCGUGUACUACGAGCUGACCACCGAGGACACGUGGGGCGCGCACCGUCCCGAGUCCGUCGCCGGCGUCACCUCGCAACUCGUGUCCGUCGACUUCGAGACCGGCGCGGACCGCGUCGAACACACCUCCGGCCCGGGUUUGAAAAUGUUUCCUCAGUGGUUGGACAACAACGACGACAGCAUCGCCAACAUCGCGUACCUCAUCAAGGGCGGCGACAGCGAGGGCUACAACUACACCUCGGGCGCCGUCGCCGCCGUCGCCGCCGCCGUCCGCUCCCCGACAUGGUCCCCCGACGGCAGGUUCGUCGUCUACGAGAAGGUGGGCUUCGCCGCCCGGCCCAUGGAGAAGCCCCUCUGGAGCUGGGACGACGACUGGGAAUACCGCCACACCGACGUCUUCCCCCAGCUCUCCCUCCAGGGCCGCCUCGCCAUCACCCAGAAGCAGCUCGGCAACUCCUCCAUCGUCACCAUGAACCCGGACGGCUCCGACCUCCGGCUCGUCUUCGACUCCUCGUCCACCGGCGAGAUCGACCCGGCCCUUGUCGCAAAGGGGCUCGCCGGCGCCUUCCAGCCGUCCUGGUCGUCCGACGGCCAGUGGAUCGCCUUCGGCCUCGGCUCCUGGUUCCAGUCCCGCGCCACCGGCAAGGCGCGCGUCUACCGCGCCGCGUCAAACGGCAGCGCCUACGAGGCCCUCACGGACGGCACCGUCCACUCCGGGUUCCCCAGCUACUCGCCCGACGGCCGGUCCAUCGUCUUCAGGGAAUGGGGCGUCCGGUACGGGCUCCGCGUCCUCGACCUCGAGACCAGGGCCGUCCGCGUCCUGACGAACGCGACGGACAACCUCCCCUUCUGGUCCCCUGACGGCGAGCGCAUCGUCUUCACGCGCAAGACGUCGGCGACCAACUUCGACGUCUGCACGAUCCGCCCGGACGGCUCGGGUCUGAGGACCCUCACGUCCAGCGGCGCCAACGACGCCCACGCCGUGUGGUCCCACGACGGGCGCAUCCUGUACUCGAGCGGCAUGUACGGCUUCCGGGACGAGGCCGCCAUCUACGACCAGACCUUUCAGCCGUACGGGCAGAUCCUCGUCAUGGACGCUGACGGUUCCAACAAGCAGAUGCUCACGGACAGUCUGUGGGAAGACUCAAUGCCGCUGUACGUGCCGAAUGAGUUUCUGAUAUAG